UUUAACAGGUGGUUUCGGUAUUUAAGUCCCACAUUGGCAACGUCGUCUACUAGUAGUGCCGAAACGAAUCGUUCAUUGCAGUAUGGAUGCUAAAUAUUAAAUUCUUUCAGUUUGUAGCUAAUAAAAACAAAUCUUUUCAGUAAUUGGUUAUUUAUAAUUAAAUUUAGUUUAUGCAUCAUUAUGACAGCUAAUAACGUUAAAGCGGUACCAUCUGAUCGUAUUGUAAAAAGCGUUCCUUUUCCGCCCAGCCAUAAGCUGAAUAUUAGUGAAGUUUUCGAUUCUAAAAAUGGAAAGCCGCGAAUGGAUGUUCUGAAACAGCAUUUUGUGUUAGAAGGAAGAUUGGAUGAACCUUGUGCUUUAAAAAUUAUUAAUGAAGGCGCUGCACUUUUAAGGGCUGAAAAAACUAUGAUUGAUAUUGAAGCACCAGUCACAGUUUGUGGAGAUAUACAUGGUCAGUUUUUUGAUCUAAUGAAAUUAUUUGAAGUUGGAGGUCCGCCUGCUACAACUAAAUAUUUAUUUCUUGGAGAUUAUGUGGAUAGAGGAUAUUUUAGCAUAGAGUGUGUUCUUUAUUUAUGGUCUCUGAAGUUGAAUUAUCCCACUACGAUAUUUUUGCUGAGAGGAAAUCAUGAGUGUCGACAUUUAACUGAGUAUUUCACGUUUAAAACAGAAUGUAAAAUUAAAUAUUCAGAACGUGUGUAUGAUGCCUGUAUGGAUGCCUUUGACUGCCUACCUUUAUCUGCUCUUAUGAAUCAGCAAUUCCUUUGUGUUCAUGGCGGACUCUCCCCUGAAGUUCAUAACUUGGAUGAUAUAAGAAAGCUUGAUCGAUUUAAGGAGCCUCCGGCAUUUGGACCCAUGUGCGAUCUUUUGUGGUCAGAUCCACUUGAAGAUUUUGGGAAUGAAAAGCACAGUGAACAUUUCAGCCACAAUAGUGUCAGAGGGUGCUCAUACUUUUACAGUUAUGCAGCAUGUUGUGAAUUUUUACAACAAAACAACCUUUUAUCAGUAAUACGAGCACAUGAAGCCCAAGAUGCUGGUUAUAGAAUGUACAGAAAAAGUCAGACAACUGGUUUCCCUUCACUCAUCACCAUAUUUUCAGCUCCGAACUACUUGGAUGUGUACAACAACAAAGCCGCAGUUUUGAAGUAUGAAAACAAUGUGAUGAAUAUUCGACAAUUUAAUUGUUCUCCACACCCCUACUGGUUGCCAAAUUUUAUGGAUGUAUUCACAUGGUCUCUUCCUUUUGUUGGAGAGAAGGUGACUGAGAUGCUUCUUAAUGUGCUCAAUAUUUGCUCGGAUGAUGAACUUAUGUCUGAAGGAGAUGAUACAUUUGAAGGUGGUGCUGGAAGUGCAAGAAAGGAAGUUAUAAGGAAUAAGAUUCGUGCCAUUGGGAAAAUGGCUCGCGUCUUUUCAGUUUUGCGAGAGGAGAGUGAAAGCGUACUUCAACUUAAAGGCCUCACACCUGCUGGCACAUUGCCAAGAGGAGCCCUUUCAGGCGGUAGUGAGACUUUGCAGAACGCUUUAGCUGGAUUCUCCCCUCAUCGUAAAAUAGCCAACUUUGAAGAAGCAAAAGGCCUAGAUAAAAUUAAUGAGCGUAUGCCACCCCGGAAAGAUGCCCUUUCAUCUCCAGGUGACGAGUCUGCUUACUCAUUAAGCCGCUCUUCCACUUCGCCCAAUAAAUCUUGAAAACAUUAUUAAUUCAGAAAAUACUAAUUGCAGUUGCAUUGUUGUAAAUGUCUUAUGUGUGUGUGUGUGUGAUUCUGCGGGUCUGCCAUGCCUCUAAUGCCGCCCACCUUGUUGAGAGCCCACAAUCUUUCAGAUUCUAUAAUUUUUUUUAAACAACCUACCUGUUGGCAUUGCAAGGCUUUUCAGAAGUUUUUCUAAUCAUGAGUGAAUUUUUCAUUUAAGUUCUCAGAGUGCAUUUACUUGUAUCUAAAAGUUUAUAUAUAUUUUGUGUCUUUCUUUUCUUUCUUUUUUUUAUACUUAAAAGAGUUGAGUUUAAUAUAGUUGAUGUUAGUUUAGGUAUUUUUGCCUGGAUUUUUACAGAAUUUUUAGUAUAAAAUGAUUAGUUUGAUAUUUGGAAAUUUGACUUUUAGACUUGAAAGUCAUUUUGUUAUAAGUUAUUUGGAGAUUGUUUAUAGGCUAAUGUCAAUGCUAAAAUUUUUGAAUAGUUUCAGGAAUUAUUACCCAUACCCCCACUAACCCCCUCACUUUUUACACUUGACUUGAAGAUAUCAAAAAAAUUCUAUUUUUCUCUAAACUCUAUUAAAUGAGUCACUGUUUUAUAAAUCUUAAUCUCUGAUUUAUAUGAGUAUUUUUUUAAAUUAGUGGUUCUUUACAUCAAUUUGUACCAUUCUUUGAACAAUAAGUAAUUUCGUACAAAAUUAAACAAUAAUUUUUAAAAACUAAACCAAAAAAUUUUAUAAAUCUUGAAAUAUUAGUUUCAUAUUUAGAACAGUGCUAUAAUACUGAAUAGUUAUUUUUUUAAACUUAUAAGUUAGAACAGAUGACUUUCAGAUUUCGUGCAAUUAUGAUUUUUUUUUAAAAAAUAUGUUUUGUUGAUGCUGUAAAAUGUAUGCUUGCAAAUUUGUUGAAUUUUUAAGCGUCUUAGUAAUUAAGUUUGAUUGAAAACAUUGUUUAUAAUUCAAUUUUUUAUAAUAUCUAUUAAGUAUUUUUUUUUUGUUCUGUUUACCAUUAUAUAAUGUAUUUAUUUACUGAAAAAUUGUUUCGAACUUUGAGUUUCACAGAACUUAACCCAUUUUAAGCCAAGAAUAAAAGUUUUAUAAAAUGGGCUA